UUUGAACAUGCAUUUGGGUUUUUUUUUUGUUCACAAUUUAGCCCAAACCCAAAUGGAGCUUUGAGCCGCCGGUGGAAUCAUUGAGAGUUUGAGACUGUGACCGGAGCUGUGAACUGUUCAUCGGACACUGUAACAGUCUCUUCCCGUCCGCGAAGAUGAAGCUGAAGGUUGUCUGUCGGAAAGUCUACGAUUACGUUCGGUACGAUCUCAAGGAAAUCGCCUUCCCUUCCUCGCUCCCCGAUCCUCCUCACAUCAAGAAGCGCCGCAAGUUGACUUGGAACGAGCGGUUUCUCAUAUUAAAGGAGGCUUCUAGGCUUUAUGCUGCAAGUUGGGUUCGAGAUAUAGGUCCUGAGCUUCGGCCAAAUGAUUAUAAGAAGCAUGAGGAACAUGAGGCGAAAAAAGAAGUUAAAGAGAACGAGCCCUCGGUCUUGGAAGAUCUCGCGGUAGCUGCAAGGGGUGGUAUGGAGACGUUAAGGCCUGCUUUACAGCGAAUAUACAUGACACGAGCUUCUGCCUAUAGAGAUGCUCUUAAAAGCUUUAUACAAGGUUACCAAGAGGGUGUUCAACAAGUUAUGGAGAAGAAGGAAGACUCCAAAAUCACAUCAGAUGAAGCUGAUAACUCAAAGAAAGCUACUUGAUCUUGGAUUCUUGGUUGCAUGAAGAAUCCAAGAAAUCAGUUGAUGAUGCAGCCUUUUACAUUAAGACGACCUAUUUGUCAAGUAUCUCAUGUUAAUACCUUAAACAAACCUCUCUUGCUCAAGAUUACUU